AUGACGACAACAACAACAGACAUUACUAAUGAGCAAUGGAUCGCUUUUUUAGAAAACAAUCAUAUUGUUGAAACUCAGGAAGAGGCCUUGAAAAGGAGAAGGGUGAUCAAUUUAUUGGAAAAGAUAUUGCCCAAUUUCGUCGAGUCGGUUUUGAUGGACAAUCCAGACAACAAGUUCAACCCACCUACAUGUCAUCUGGCACCCUUUGGCUCUUACGCUUUAGGUGGCUAUACGAGGAGCUCUGAUAUUGAUUGUGUUUUACUCUGUCCUUGGUCCAUUCGCAGACAGGAUUUCUUUCAAUAUUUUCCUCGCCAUCUUAAAAAAAUGGCCACCGUCCUUGAUGUAGAGCUAGUACGUCGAGCGACGGUUCCCAUCAUCAAAUGCGUCAUUGACAAUAUUUCUGUGGAUAUCUCCUUUGUUCGAUUGAGAUUACCGACCAUUGUUAAAGACAACCUCGACCUUCUCGAUGACAACCUCCUGGAAGGGAUCGACCCCACUUGUGUCGCAAGUAUGGACGGUCCUCGCGUUUGUCAAUUCAUCCAAUCCCACAUCAAACCAGAACACAGACUGCUUUUCAACUCGUGCUUGCAAAUCAUCAAACACUGGGCGAGUCAACGUCAAAUCUACAACAAACCUUUAGGCUACUUGAAUGGCAGCACCUGGACAUUACUCCUGCUUAAAAUAUACAUGACCCAUCGGCAAGCACCCAAUUUAGAUAUCUCGCAGUUAUUGAUUCGAUUUUAUGAUACCUGGGCUGAUUGGCCAUGGCCAACGCCAGUCCUCUUUACAGACAAAAUACCAGGACGUAACCAAAAGCUGGAAUACAAAAUGUUGAAAGAAUUUGAGGAAGCUGUCAUGCCGAUAGUGUCCCCUUGUUAUCCAGUGUCUAAUGCAGCACCCUAUGUGACUAAAUCCACCAAAACCAUCAUGACGAGAGAAUUCGAAAGAGCAUCCAUUAUACUGAAUACCCAAGUCAGUCCAUUGAAAAAACUCAACAAAUUUUUUAAUGCAGUGAAUUACUUUAAAAGAUACCAUCACUUUUUAACCAUUACAACAAGUUGUACAACAGCGAAUAACCAUGAACAUUGGAUUAGACGCAUGGCACAUAAUAUACCAGUCUUUAUCGGGUUAUUGGAAAAAUCACGAUUUAUCCGAUUGAUGCAACCUGCCAGCAAAGAAAUAACCAGUAUAUAUAAUUACCGGACUCAUUCAGAAAAGGAAGCCUUACGAAACAACUAUACCAUGGAAGAGGUCAAAUCGUUACAGAACACAGGCAUUUUCACACCAGGUACUCUGUAUUUGACUUACUACUUUAUCGGUAUAGAAGUCGAGGAAGGCUGUAAAUGUGUGGACUUGUCCGAUAUAGUAACGGCAUUCCUUGAUGUGCUGAAGAGCAAAAAGCAAAAGAAUGAAGAUGUACAUUGGCAUAUACAGCAUAUGACGAAACGUAGGGUGGCUGCCAUUUUAGGAGUGCCUACCGAUGAACGAACAAACAACACCUCGAAAGAAUAA